CUUUGCAAAGCGGCAUUGAAGCAUGACGUACUUGCAAGAAACGAUCCGAUGCAAAGGCUCCAAGAUCUGUAGUCCGUUUGUGCGUGAAGUGGGGGGCAAGUCCAUUGUGGGCUACGUGUCGAGUGGCACUGGAGAAGUGUACGCCGUGACCGAAGGAAAGCAUGUCGUGUGGACGCAGACGGGCGGCGAGCCCAUGGGCGCGGCUUUCGACAGCCAAGGCAAGCUGCACGUGGCCGAUUGCGCACAUGCCGCCAUCUUGAAGGCCGACGUGUCUGUUCACAACCACCAGCCCGGUUUGGUCGUCAAAGUAUACGAAGAAAAGCCGUUCAAGGGACCGAGCAGCCUCCAAAUUGCAGCCACGGGGGUCGUGUACUUUACCGACAGCGGCCCGUUGGGGGAAACGACGCUGGCCCAGCCCAAGGGCAGUGUGUUCUGCAUCGCUCCAGGCCCCACCGGCGGCCAAGUGCUCAAGCCGUUGGCGCUCGAUUGUCUCGCGCAUCCUUGUGGCGUGGCCGUGUCGCCCAAUUCUAAAUCCAUUUAUGUGGCGGAGAUGAUGCUCAACCGACUGCUGCGGUUCGUGCAGCGACCACUGGGUAUUUACCACUGCAGCGUGUUCCAUCAGUUCGCAGGCGGGAUGGGUCCAUCCUCGGUCGCGUGCGACGCCGACGGACGCAUCUACGUUGGCACGUUCGAUGUGGCGGGCUCGGAUGGAAACGGGAAAAUCUACAUUCUAUCGUCGUCAGGUGCCGUCGAGCACGUGCUCGAAGUGCCGGGCACCGAAAUCACAGGCAUUUGUAUCGAGCCAUCGACCCGAGCGCUGUUUGUGACGGAAGCGUCGGGGAAUUCGCUGCAUUGCAUUACGCUGGACGCCAUCUUUCGAUGAAGAAUCAUAAACAAAAUAAAACUUGUGUG